AUAUUGCUUUGUGUCUUGUAAAACAGAGGAUAUCACUUUAUUUCAUCCACUUUCUAUUGUUUUCAUGUCAUCAUUGAAUCAGGUAGCAUUGACAUGCUAUAUUUGUUGAUUUCCUACUCUAAGGGCAAACCUCCUUCCGCAAAGAGCGGUUAUUUUAGUACAUCAUUAAUGCAUUUGAGUUUAAAAACACAAUUUGUAGGCUUCACUGAAUACUGAGCAAUGGCAACGCACACAUUUCUGACAACACCAACACCAAAAAUCGGAUCCCACGGUCAUCCCAGGAAGUGAAACUCACUCAGAAAUCAUCAUGGUGUAUUAAAUGAGAUCAUGGGAAUUUUCUCAAUAGAUAUCUCUACUAAUUUUCUGAUGAUGACGAUGAGAUGUAUUCAAGAAUUUAGAAAAGUAGGUCAGUGGUACUCCUUGAAGCAGGAGUAUUUUGUUUUAUGCACUUGUUCUAACAUAGAAAAUUUGCAGUCAUUUUUGACUCUACAUUACAUUACCCUUUAAUACAAUACAAGAACUUGAUGUGAAGAAGAAGAAGAACUUUAUUGGUCCCAGAUAGCCCUAAGACCCCCCUUGAGUUCAACCUAUUGCAAAAUAAAUUCACUUGAGCUGCUACGUUUUUCCUAUUUCUGUGUAAUGCUGUCAAAAGCAGGAUAAAACUUACUAUAGUCCCACUUGCAUUAGCUAACUUCUGCUGGGGUUUCUGUUACCACAGUUCUGUAAAAUGAUUACAAAGUGGCUGUAAAGAUGCCAAGAAAUUACUUUGACGCACUAACAAAACAUGCUGGCACAGCAGUCUACCACAUAUGAUGAAAGAAACUCUGCAAACUCAUUCUGGGAAGUCACAGUCUAUGAGGUAUAUCUUCACAUGCACCCUGAAAGUUUUGGGAAGUAACAUGCUCUUUCGGAGGUAUUGGAGGAAAUUCAGUAAAUUCAAGUACAGUCUCUGUAAUCUGCUUAGUCAGACUAAAAUCAUCAGUUAAAAUUCAAAGCUGGCUUUUUGUGAUGACAAACAUUGAGUGUAGAAUGAUACACUAUUAAGAACCAUAAGGCUAUAAUGACUACUUCGUUGAGAUAUUUAGGGAUACUAGCAAAAAAGCUGACUAAGAUAUGUCUGCAAGCAAACUCUACAACAAGAAGACAGAAAUUCAGUCUUAAUUGACCAAUUUAAGCUUAUUCCGUGGCUGUUUUAAAUGCUUCAUUCUGAUUGGUCAAUAAUCCAUAGUAACAGUCUGAUAUUCUUUAACAGUACACUGUUGCUAUAGCUGUGACCCCUGACUCUAGCAGACAGACUGUAAUUAUAUCACUGCACAGAAAGGGCUUAAGUUAAUUUGUGCUUAAUUUGUUUACGCUGAGGAAAAAGACACUGGGGGUGAAGCAGGACGGGUUGAACUGUGAGAAAUCUAUUGAACUGAUGAUGGCCCACGAAGUAAGCACUUCAAGAUGGCAGCGUUCACGAACUCCAUGACCGAUAACACUUUAAACUGUAACACUUUCUGUGAGUAAGAGCAUAUCUAUCAUGUUUUAAGUUAGCUACAGGGUUAACCAUUGCUAUGGAUCCAUGUAAAACUGUGAAUGUAACAGACCAUUUUGCAGUCAGUUAUCCACAGGAGAAGUCAGUCAGCUCAGCCUCUUAUUCAAACACUGGCUAGUGAACAUCCACCCAAGCUAGGGAGGGCCAACUUAACCUUACAGUCUAGGUGAUUUUAAGAAACUCCAACCGAAACACCAGUAUUGGUGUAAGAGUAAGCUACAUCUAGGUAUAUUCCAACAUUUUGCUGUACCACCAGAAGGCCACCUUGGUUUUGCACUAUCAGACAUAACACAUCUUUGCUUGAACAGAUACAUAAUGGGCUACAUUACAAAAAUAUACAUACAGGGACACAGAACAGAGAGGUCUUAUCGUUUCCUGAAGAAGUUCCCCUGCUAUAAUAACCUGCUCGGUAAACAUUACCUCAUGGACACUUCCUUACAUGGUGCUUUUUUGUCUUUGUUGACCUCAUAAGACCUGAGCUUUUGCUUUUUUUUUGUUUUUUUUGCUACACAUUUUUGAUUUCCCCUACCUAUUUGGGAUCAGUGUGAUCUCAUAAGUGUACAAGCUGAAUACAAUCUUUAAAUAUGAAGUAGUUUUGACAAAUGAGAAAAAAUGGUUUUAGUUUCUGUACAACAAAAUUGAGUCACCAUUGGUGGUGACUCGAUUUUGUUUUAAUACCAAAAGAUGACUGUUAUAAAUUACCUGAAAAUAAACCAUAAAAAUUAUCCACUUAGUGUCCUUUUUUGUUGCAGAAGUAGUCGGUAACCAGGUAGAUUAUCAGUAAAUCAGUCGAUUAAUAUAUUAGUCAGUCAGGUGUGGUUAGUUAGUCAGAGAGUUAGUUACUGAAUCAGUCAACAGGUCAGGUACAGUACCUGUCAGUAGGUCAGGUAUGGUGUCUCCUGGUGAGUCAGGUAAGCUGUCACUUUGUUAGUAAGGUAUGGUAACAGUCAGUAAGUCAGGUACAAAGUCAGGACGAGGCUUUUUACCUGAGAAGGAGUUCCAAUGUUCUCCUACGGGUACUCUGUGUAAAGUAAAUAUCUUGUGUCUGUUGAAAGAAUUAGUCAAAUUUGUAUGCCAUAUCAAACUAGAAACUGUAAAAAGCAAAAAAUAAAGAAAGUUUUAGUUGUAAAAUCUGAAGAGUUUUAUGCUGAGGAUGGCUGUUCAAGAUUUUGGUCGAAUUUGCCGCCAUCUUGAAUGAACACUGAUCUGUGUAUUUUGUAUUUGUGGCCACAGGGUGGCAGACCAGGUGUCCAUGAGUGAGGUCAAAAGAUCUUAGUUUAUCGGAAUUUAUUAUUAGAACUUAUCAUUAUGGCAUAUAAAGGCCAGAAUGUGAUGUCCGUAUUUGAGGACAAAAGGUACUUAUCAUUCCUAGUUGUACGACCUAUAGGGGAUCCUGGUCAGCUCAACUCCUUUGUUAAGAAAUGACAUGAAAAUCCAUGAUAAAUCAUCACUGAAAAAACAAACAAACAAACAAAAAUAACUUUGGUCUAUGUCCUCAGAGAAAAAGAGGACAUAGACCUUAAAACCGCACAGCACCCAUGUGAAUUUUCCAACCAAACAUUUGAUAUCCACUCCCAUUUCAGUGACAUCAUUAGGACUUUCAUAAGGACACUAUCAUGAUUGAACAACUGGCAGCGUUGUUGCCAUGAAUCACAGACGGUUAGCAGACACACAGUCUGCUGCAAAACAUGGAAACUACUGUGGGGGAAGUUAGCACAGGAAACAGUGUGGCAAUGACACUUCCCAUCACAUACACAUUUUUUUGGAUGACACAAACACAUCAAAUGGCCUCUAAUCAUUUGCUUUACCAUUUUUGUGGUGUCUUUGUUAAAUCAGGGACAUGUGUUGCUACUCAGUCCACACAGAGAAAUAUCUGUCACAGUUCUCUUACACCAAUAACCCGCAGAAAGAAUAGAUGGAAAAUUUUAUAAAAAGACACGCAGGCAAAACUGUUUUGAUUAGAAGUGUCAUGGAUACCAAUAUAUAAAUAAAGAUGCAUGGCAGACGUCAUGCAAUAUCAAGCACCAUAUCCAUCAAUAUCUCGCUGAUCAAGAACAUGGAUCAAUAUUUGGAGCUGUUGCCUGGAUACAGUCGGAUGAGCACAGAGUGAGAAUGUACAGACCAGGAAUCAUCCGUUGGAUUACGUUCAUGGUGAAACACAAACACGCUGACGCCACUAACAUCCCCACACCAGGUUUAGCAUUACUCUUGUAUAAUGUGAGUGUGACUGAUGAAACACUUUCUCAGGUUUUUACGACAAAGAGGAUGUGAUAUCGAGAUCAUAGAAUUAUAAUAUUGUACUUUUAAUUAUUCAUCUGUUGUAUCAUUUCACAAAAGAUUUCCCUCACCUGCUGUUUCACUUCCAUCUACAGAGAAAGAAUCAAAGAUUUAAAGCCCAAAAGCAGAUAACAUAAACACACUGAUGAGGUACACAUGGGAGAGUUUAAUGACAAUAAGCUUUAUGCAGGCAAAACAGCCCUAACACACUCAAAUCUUUCCUCUGAAAAAGCAGAAAUGAACACAGACAGACACACUUUUAAUGCACUUUGAAUACAAUGUGGUGUCUUACACAACAGUGAAUUUGCCUUACCUACUUUGCGACAAAGCGCUUAGAUGUGUGACAGUAAAUGCAUGUUAUAACGGUUCUGUAUGAUUUUGCUAUUUACUGCCGAGAUUGUUUGAAAAGAGCAGAAAUGAAGAAGCAUUGUUUGGGCUGAAAAAAGAGAGCUCAUUAUCUGCAAAAAUAGCUCUGUGCGGCUAAACAAUUUCCUGAGAGGAAAUGUUUGAGCUUCUUUUUUAAUGUACCGUUCAUUAUAAGACUGAGUAAUUUGUUUGCUAUGAAAGAUCAUCAGUCUGUAUUUCCUGAAGGUUUUGAGAAAUCCGCAGACAUUGAUGGUCAUUACAUGUGAUCCAAAAAAGGAACAUGCACACCCCUCCUUACAUCAUCAAAUGAGUCUCAUCUCCUCAAAAUUACCAAGGGAUCUGCCGGGAACCCGAAUGAAACAUGACAUUAAUCAUCAGCUCACACAUGCAGGGUUUCUGUCAGAAAACAGAAAUCACACGGCUUGGCUUUAUGUCAUAAAUAUGUGUUUUCCUCAUCUUCAGCAGCCCUGAGACAAAACCAGUUAACCAAUUACAAAAUAUCUCGGGGAGUUUUACACAGAAAAAAAGCCUGGUUCUGCAGUGUGGCAGGCUCAAUUUAUCUUCCGUGUUCCUCUUUAACAAGCUUCAAUAAAUAAAUAUAUUGCAACAUAGCCCUGUGUGACGCCAGUUCCACAUUUGGCUUUGGUUGGUAUCAAAACUCCUGACAUCACUCUGCAAUGUUUUAACCUUCACGCUGUGGUUCAUCUCUAAGCCUGAAAAAUGAACCAAAAAAAAUCCCUGAAAUAUCUCAGAGAUGUACAGAGGUAGAUUAAACUCAAUGAGUUCAGGUAUUUCUCGACACCUCAGUGGAGGUGAGACUCUUUUGGCCAAGGGAUUUUUUCCACUCCAACCCCAACUCUAUGCUCACAUCUUCUCGUGUUAACAUUGAAGUAGGCUGCAAUUUUAGAGCGCUCUUGAUUUACUCCCUGUGUUUUUCAUAAGUGGAUGCAAACACACAACUGCUUUUAACUCACUUCACUGUUUAACAUCAACAGACUAUAAAACAACUUAAAUUGUAGAGCUUUUUAGAGGCCUUCUCAUUUUUGACUCCCUAUCUUUGUACGCUCCCUUCCCCUCUCUUAUGCCUGUUUCCAACUCUCCCCUUCACCUAAAAUCCCUUUUAGCAGCUUUGCAACGAAAUUAUAAAACCUUAUGAAUCCAAUUUUACAAUAUUGUUUAAUUUAUCUGAUACAUUCCUUGAACAAAGUACAACAUCUUUUCUGUUUCCUGACUAAGUUGUGCUGUUCCUCCUGGUUACGUAUGAGACCCACAGACACACAAAGUGAUAAACAAAGUUUGUGUUAUUGGUACAAAGAUUUGUCUGUUUGUUUUCUCGUGAGUUCAGGAGGAUCUCCAGGAACUGUUGCUUAACACACACACAAAUGAACACAGCUGUGUGUCUAACUUCCAGGGAUGAGGGUUGUGUAAGUUUCCCUUUGUACCAGUUUCAGUGUUUUCUGCCGCUUUGGCUCAAUGCCUUGAUUUCUACCUUUGAAAAAAUACACACUAGUUUGUUUUCACUGUGGUGUACACAGCCUAAGGUUACAUGCAGGAGGGGGCUUUUACACUUUUAUACGCAGACAUGCACCUAACUCAGCAAAGUCCACUGACACUGUCACUGUAAUAGUGCAACAGCUCCACUUGCUGGUGUAUCAGUGUUAUUAAUAUUACAGCGGUGUGUUAAAUGCUGUCAGAAGUUUGACUUAAUGUAAUCAUUUUAAUUUCAAUCUUCAAGAAGUUAUAUUUGUCUCUGCAAUACCUGUAAACAUCCUGGAAGACUUUUUUUUUUCCUUCUUUCCUUUAUUUUUCUUUUGAAAUGAGCAUUAAAUACAUUGCAACACUAACAGAGAGCAUUGUGUUAACAAGGGUCGACACAGUAAGCGCCUUGUGAUUACAAUAAAUCAAAAGUAACCCCAUGACCUCUGACCUGUGAGAUAAAUUAGAGGUGAAAGUGCUGGGUUGUAAUUAUGUUGUAACCCAGCAGAGGGCAGCAGAUUACAGAAAAUCCUGGCCCAAGUAUAUAGGAUGAAACUGUUUUUUUUUUAUUUGCCUUCCUUUGAGCUGCUCUGAUCAUACUGAGUAAUGAAAUUAUAGGACAGCACAGUGUUCAUCAAAGGAAAGUGUAUAAAAAAUUUUUAUUUUAGGACUUAAACCUUGAUUAUAUGCUUUUUUCAACAGCCAUCACCAUCUUGGAUUGAUCUUUUCUUUAGUUUAUCAUUCAAAUGCUGCUGCAAGGACAUAACUUUAAACAACUGGUUAAGUUUUUCAACAGCACAAUGAGAUGACAUGAAAACAGUUCUUUGUUUAACUUACUUUGUGUUUAGAGAUAUUUAGUUGGGAAAAACAAAAAGUGCUAGAUCAUGCAAGGCCGAAAAAACUAUUUGUAUACCAAUAAGGCAUCAUUAAGCUAAGGCACUAAAGAGAAAAAAUGCAGGCAAUACAAGAAGUCAUAGAUCUUUUGGUUUAAAAAUGAAUUUAAAAAAGCUUGAGAUUUCACGUGUCCUUGUGCAGCAACAGUGCGGUGUAUGACAUGAAUACUGAUCACAAAUCAUGUUAUGCAUAAUUGUUUUUACAUUUAAAAACCUAAAAUAGUCCUUCUUAUUAAACUUUGUGUUCCCUCCAAUAAUAAUACACUGCUUUGUCGCAAAAUCACGACAACUUGAAUCCUCUCCAGCUGAUUUUUUUUCUCCCUCUCUUCCCCAAACUAAAGGAUUUAAAAGAACAAAUGUCUUUGCCCUCCUCGUCACUCUCUUACUCUCCCUCCACUCAGAAUCAUUGUCUCUCCCAGACCUUACGCAGACAUUUGUCACUGUUAUCUUGUUUUGAAAACCUCCUACGCCCUUCUCCAUUGCCCUCCUUCUCUCUGGCUUUCUAAUUGAAUCCACAGGAGUGAAUUCCACGAGGCUGGAGAGGAGGAGAGGCUGAUGUCAGAGGUCAAAGGUUGGGUUGUGGCCUUUGCCCCGUGAGUAGAACCCUACUGUGGUGCUUCUAGGAGUGUGCAUGUGCGUGCAAAAACAGAAACAAGAGAGAGUCAUAGUUGUUAUGUAUUUAUGCAUAAAUAGGCAUUCCCGGGCAGUCACUUUGGUAAUCAUGUCUAUUCAUAAGGAAGUUGUUAUGCCUGUAAGCUAAUGCUUUGAUGUAGUGUGCUUUACUUCAUUUGACAGUUCAUUUAACAAUUUAAGUGCUACUAUAUGCAGUUUUCCCUUUACUUUCAUGAAAACAUCCGUUUUAGAAGAUAAAAAUGCUUUACAGUAUGAAUUUCAAUUUGUUUUUAUCAUUUUCCAGCACUUUAUUUACAGUUUUAUUUAAAUUCAAAGGCUAAAAUAUAAUAAAAAAUUGUGUUAGUUUGUUAUCUAAAUACAUUACACGGUAUUUUUCUGCAGGUAACAGCUGCAAAGUCUAAAAUCUGAAUGGGAUUAAAACCCAAUGCUCUUUAUUACAACACACUCAGGCACAAAAACACACGUAAGUGAAUGGGACCGGGGUACAAUGUGUAAGAAUGAAGCUGAUGAGGGAGGGGUGGUAGGGGAAGGGAAAGGAAAAGAGGAGCAGAUGUUCAUCAGGCCUACAGACCCCUCCUCCCUCUCUUUAAUAUGUCACUAAUAGCAGCCUCUUAUCUGAAGAAGCCUGUGGAAGAAUGACUUUCCCCAAUCGCAAGAGUUCCAAUAGGCUGCGUUUGUGGGAGUCUUAACUCUGCCCCUCCCAAACAAGCACUUACACACAUGCACACACACACACACACACUCACUACACAACAAUCGGUGAGAAAGAUGCUAACUGUAACUUUUGUUUCACUUGUAGCUCAUAUUGUUUAGCUUAACAUAUGGCUGCAAGUCCCCACGGAGUUAGAUAAUGGUAUUUGGUUUAGUAAGCGGUAACUUUUCAAACUCUUUACAACAUGCCAACCUGUAAAACAGCGUUACCCUGUUUAAAUAUGGUAAAUGGAUUAUCAUUAUGGAUUAUUUGAAUGGAUUAUUACUCCACUCCAUCACAGCCUGUCUUCACAUGCGCCCCGUAGUGCAAUGUCACCUCUGUAAAUCUCUCUUAACAUCAACCAGAUGUUGAAUCACCAAAUGCUUUCCAUGGUGACUCAGCUAAUUAUUUCACUGCAGGGAGAUUAUGUGACACAGCGAGGGGAAUGGCAGCCUGUGGUACGUAAUGGGUAUCCAGUUAAAAAUAAAAAUCUGUGUAUAAAUCUUUUUAAAGAUUGAGUGUUGGGAAACCAUCUAUUACUCCUGAGUUUCUACUUCGUAAACGCAGAGUACUCUCUCUCUCUCAUUCCCCCUGAUUUCUUUAAACAGCCCCCAAUCCUGCCCCUUCAUCCCUCUCCUCCUCCUCCUCCUCCUUUUUCUAACAAGCCCUUCUAUCUUAGCCAUUCACCACCCUCUGUUAGUUUCGCCGUGUGUAUUUGUGUCUGUGUAUGUGUGUGUGUGUGUGUAGUCUCAGAGGGCGGGCCGUGAGUUUGUUAGUUGGUUGUGCAGCUCAUUGAGCUCAUUGUGCUCCAAAGGCCCUCUAGCCCAGCUGGACUCAACAAGAAGCAAGAAAUCUCUUUCAAAUCUCUCCUCUCCUUUCUCCUCCCCCCUUCCCUCUCCCUUUUUCUCCAGAAACCACCCCCCAUCCCUCACCCAGUCCUUACUUCCAGUAAUCCCCAACUCACCCAAGAGGGAUUUGUUUAUAGAAGUAAACUCGACUUGCGGACCAAAUAGCUUGUUUAUAGAUAACACUUGUUUACUUAAGCAAAUUAACAGCUUUCCUCAAGGCAGCCAUGUUGUUGACAUCUCACUAAUGGCUUGUUGUUCACAGUGGUAGUCUUCAUCUCAGGGUAGAAAACAAACACGCAGAGCCAACCCCUUAAGACUAUGAACUAAUUAGGGCAGUGUCUCAUGUCUGAGUUAACACCCAAAGGUCAAUCGUAAUAUAAUUACGCCUUGUUUGCAAUUGGCAUCAGAUUCAACUUGGGUCAUAUGAUAAGAAGUGAGUAGUUUUUUUUUUUCUUACAAGAAUGAACAGCUGUGUUGCAAACCAGAAUCAACAGACUAAAGCCCUUUCCACUGAGUUUCUACAAAUCUGUGCGAUCACCAAAUCACUAUUAUCCUUUCACUUAGAUCUCAACCAAUGAUGUAAUACUGCUGUUCCAGCGUGCGUGAUAUUACACAGGGGCUAAAGGGAUGACAUGCAAACAAACAAAACAACUUAAACACUGAGCAGCCUGUAUGGUUACAUGCUUGUUAAAUCAGGCUAAGGUUGUUGCUCAGUUAGGCGAUUUAACUUGACUACUGUCCCAGUUUGCAAGCGCCAGACAUGAAUUGAGUUAUUGACAGAAGCAUGCCUGCCUCUGCUAUAGGUGGCUUCAACUGGGUUAUGUCCUGUUUGACCUAAUACUUCCCAAAACAGUUGACAAAGUGUGUUAUCAAGUGGCUGAUGCAGUGUAUGUCAUGUGAUGAAAACACCGUCACUUUUACAGUUUCGUGUUUUUAUGGCCUUUCUUUGUCUGUUGCAGUUUCGUUAAGGCUCGUUCCCCACUUACUAGCAACACAUCUACGCUUUUCAACUUGCCAAUACUCAAAAUGGCGGCCAAACAUACUUUCUUGUAACCUUAAGCGCUCACAUUGGAAGACAAGCACCCCCCAGAAUCUGACAGCGUAGUGGAAUGAAGAAGUACAGACUACUUUAUUUCAUCCCAAACACCCUCCUUCACCACUACCAACUUGGUUUACUGUUGAAGAGGAGUUUUUAAGCAAGAGGAUGAAAGUAGCCACUGCAACACUUAAAUGAGCCAUCUGUAUAUGCCUCGUGAAAUCUAAAUACAGAUGGUUGCUCGAGGUACAUUUAGGGUACCUUCAGAUGCAAGGUGAGAACUUUUUCCUGUUUCUCAACAAAUCUGGUUUUAGACCCAUAGCAUUACGUCAUGGGGGGUGUAACACCCUGUGCUAAACAAACAGAAAGAAGUACACACACAAACACACUUAAUGGUGACCACUUGGCUAGACCAAAACAAAGCUUUUCGGCAGGCUUUGUUCUCAGCCGAACUCAUUUUUCUAUGGUAGCUCAAAGCUGUGAGCUGCUUUCAAGAACUCUCAGACUCAAAGUGGGGGCUCAGCAUUUUGAUACUUUCAUCAAUCUGCACUAUUAUGGUCUCUCCCUUUUUAUGGGGUCUUGAAGAGACUGUACCUUUUUUAACCAACUUAUCAAGUUGGUGCAUUUAUUCUUAACACAUGUAGGUAUAGCUGGACCCAAACAACAUCAAAUCGGGCAAUUAGAGGCGCUGAAUUGUACAAACUGAAUUCAUCUGCCAACUUGUUAAGUAGACAGAUGCAAUCCUCUUUACAAUCCCAGAAGUGUAACACCUUCACUCCUCGCAGACCUGGGUGGGUGUGUGACAACUCAAAAUCCUAUCUUUGUGAGUACCUAUUUCUUGGCAUGUAAAAAAAGCUCUUAUUCAUAUAAAAAUAAAAAUAAAAAAGACAAUUCAUGCACGCUGAUCCACAAAGUUAACUAAAAAAGCUCACAUAUGCCAGGCUAGAAGUUGGUGGUAAAACUUUGCCAUGGGAAGCUACUGAGGAAUAACAUGUGCCUGUGCAUAUUGGUGUUCUUAAAAAGAGCUGAGAAUACAGACAAACAAGAAGAGGGUGGCAAAUGUGGGAUCUACACUUUAACUGAGUCGCGCUUUUGAGCUCAGCAGAGCCAGAGCAACUCAAACAAAGCUUGAUAUUCCAACGUUGUUGCUGCAUUGGCUUUUGAUUGGGAUUAAUACCUAUGUGCAAAUGGGGCAUCACUGUGUUCAGAUAUUCUGUUAUUAAAUAUCUUCAGGAAAAAAAGGUGAACGAUUUCUUAUCAGGGAUAAAUAAAAUCUAUGAGUGCAUCAUGUACGUGUAGGGCCUCCAUAAGUCUUUUCUAUCUGUGCAAAAAAAGGGAAAAUUUGGCUGACAUAUAGCCUACAUGUCUAUGUGUUUUAUUUAUUUAUUUAAAUUUUUGUAUCAGUUAAAAAGACAAAUGCACGUUAUGAUAUCUUGGUGUCAUUGUGAGACUGUCUGUAAGUAGGGGAGAGUGGGGUAAGUUGAGCCAAAGGGUAAGUUGAGCCACCCCCUGUUGCUUGGAAAUGGUAAAAGAAAUUGAUCAUGUGACCAAAUAUUUAGGCGAUGGUCAUCAAUUCAUGGAGUCUGUGAAGGUUAGAGGCACAUGGGUGAAAGGGUUAGACAUUUAUUAAAAAAAAAAAAAACAUUUGUCACUCUUGAAAGUGAAUUUAGUCUGUAAUAAGUUUUAGUAGAAUGGUGUUCAUAUAAAAAAAAGCUCAUUUUAAAUUUGUUUUAUUCAUCAAUUGUGGUAUCUAUUAGUGACAAUAUGAGGUCAAAAACCUAGCAUAAAAGUCCACCACUUUAGCUCAGAGGACUAAUAAAGUCAUCAUAGUAGUUCUGGGGUAAGUUGAGCCAGUGAUGAGAGGAUCAGAGUUUCAGUUCAGAUUGUUGAAAUGUGUUACUUUGCCUUUUCAAAAAUACAGCUGUGAAUGUUCUGAAUCACUUAAAGACAUUCUAAUGUUAAAAUAGCUUUUUACAAAACAGCUUUUUAGCAGUUAUUUGCAAUAAUAAUAAUAAAAAGAAUUAUUGUACAUGUUGAAUAGUGUACAAUAAAUAAAAAUACACAUUAAUGUGAAGAAGUGACUGUUAUUUAGGGAGAGAGAAGGUGAGGGAGGGCUGGGGUGGAGAGUGGGGGGGUUGUAGGGAUACGGCUCAACUUGCCCCACUCCUAUGGUCAACUUACCCCAUACACAGGGUAAGACCAUAGGAGACCACUUUUUUGUCAUGCUAUAUUAUCAAGACAGUUAUGUUUACACUCAUUCUAUUGGUUUGCAGGGAUGAACAACAUCAUAAAAUAUAUGCAGAUUCACUAGUUAGAGACGAAACUAAGAUUGUCUUGAUGUAGUGAUCCAAAAUAUGAAAAAUGGUUCAUCUUACCCCACUCUCCCCUAUUCUAAACAGGCAUCAAACACAGAAAAACACUUACUUCCGUUAUAGAAAUUUAAUAAACUUAAAAUUUGGUUGAUUUGACUUAUUUUACUUCACUGCUAACCAUCAAGUCCUUCCCGUAGUGCAGACUGGUGAAAACAUGCUCACCCGUGGACUCACAGAGACGUGGGAGGGGCCAGCAGCGAUACUGUUAGGUUUUAAAUUCACACGUGGUGUGGAUCUUGGGCUUGUUAGGCACCAACACACACAACUAGAAACUUCUGACCAACUCAUGCCGAGUGUCCCCACGUCUAUCACUGCGGGGGCAGACGGGAAUCCAACGAGGCUUUCGAUAACCCAGCAAAAAUGCCAUCCUACCCCAUGAGCCAGUUUUGCGACCUGGAAGAAAUGAUGUGCAAGGUAAAAAGAAAAGGAAAAGCGCGGAGAAAGUUGAGCGAAGAGUGGAGCAAAAGUUAGCUAGCUGGCUAGCUGCGCUGCUAACUGUACGCUGUUUGCUUCCCUCGUUGUAGGCGGAUGUCUUUGUUUACCACUUUUAUACAUGCAAUGUGCGCGGAAAUGUGCUUUUAUCGAAAAUGCAUACUCUUGUUGGGCUUGAAAUGCGCGUAAAGCUAACUUUUGUCAAACUUCAACUCUUGUUAAGGUUGGUAUUACGUUUAUAGCAACAUGGCCUCACUAAACUUUCUACCAAUUCAGCAAACUGAGUGGUGCUUUUAGCUCGAUAUAGCCGAUUUUUCGCUGUUUAGUUUGUGCUGACUACCUUUAAAAAUAAACAAGAUAUAACUCAUAAUUCAACGGCUUAUGUCUGGUAGAUAACGGCAAGAAAAUUCAACCCUAAUAUCAUCGUAAACAACUUUCUCCAUGGCUAACUUCCAAAUGCACGACUGAAAGAGGCUAUAUAAAGUUUCUAAGCUGUGUUUUUGCUCAUGAAAGUGUUUACCAGAUGCGAAAAAAGUGCAGGAGAGUUUAAUAUGACUUUGUUUUACAGCAGCCUUAAGUUUGACUGUUGUGCAUGUGCUGCUCAACAGCUUAGCCCAACUGAAAACACAAGUGUGGUGUGUCAGAUAAAACAAUGCGUGGUCAUUUAGGAGUAGAUUUCUGCUCUUUUAUUUUAUGUUUUUGUGAUUAAAAUGCAGUAAUGAUUUCAAGGAGGGUAGAAAUAACAAAAAUAUCCAGCAGUGUCAAUGAAAAUCAUCACUUAUGCCAGGACACAAUGCCUAUUUCAAAGGUUUUCCUUUUCUCUACUCUUGACUCAUAACCUAAUCUAACUGGGAGGUCAUAGGGGGGAAGAGCAUGGUCAAAAAUGAAAGUGUUUGGACAAUGCCUUUCUUAUUCAGCAGCAUUGUUUUUGCAUUAGUGACGGGCACAGCAGUUAUUUUAGAUGGACUGAAUCACUAGAAUGAGUUCACCAAAAGGAUUUGUUCAAAAGAUUCGUUCAUUAGCGGGAGAAGCCUGCGACUCUGACCUCCUGAACUGAUACACAGCUGAACAGUUCAGGAUUCAGUUAAAUUCAAAGCUUCUGGGACCAGGAGACGAGAGUGUUUGGCUGUGUUGCUUUGACAAACUUGUUUGUAAGUCAUGAUGUUUUAAGUGUACUGUCCUAUGGUAUGCUAUUUACCAGAUCUGCUCGGUAAAUUUGGGUCAGAAUUUACCUUAUUGAACCUGCACCUAUCCCUCGCAAACAGCUGCAAUGAUAGGAUGCUGCGGGUUUAAUGCACUACUUGUUACAUGCUGUGUCCUAUUGCAUGCAAGUUGUUGUGGUAGUAAUUUAGCAGUGGAAAAAAGGUGGUUUUGUCCAACAAAAAUGAUUCCAGAGAGUGUAGUUGAAUGCAUGAUUCGUUCACCAAGUGAUUCAGGCGUCGGUACAUGCAGUCCUUCGUUCGCCGGCUGCUCACCUGGUAAUGCUGUUUCUCACUUAGGCCCAACUGAAGUGAGAAAUGAACAAAUCACUCGGAAGUGAUUCUGUUCAGUACGUUCAUUUAAAAGAUUUGGUUCUUUUGAAUGAAUCGUUCGUGAGCGACACAACACUAUCUUGCAUUUGUUGAAUAUAACUGUGUCAGUGCUUCUCAAGGGAGCCUGAAUUCUGCUGCACCUUUUUACCUCUGUAGGCGCUCUGCAAACAGACAUCUAAUAAUUUUCUUAAAAUGAAAAAAUAAAAUUAUUUAUUCUUUAUUUCGUUAUUCAUGACUAACUUUGUGUUGUUUCUUUCUCUUUCUCAGCAUCUGUUUAAUCUGGACAUGAGGGAACAGGGCAGACAGCUACCACCCCUCAAUCUGGCAAUGAGAACACCAGGUUAUAUUGGUCAGUCCAGCAGCAACACUUCACUUUCCCUCUCGUCUCUCUCCUGCCUCCCCUCUGAUCCUCCAGACAGCACGCUUUUGACUCCCAAUCCUUGGGGGCAGCAGUCAGAAAGCUGUCUGCCCUCCCAGCUUACAAAUUCCAACCAGUGGGUGAAACCAGGUUUCUUCGCCCAGCGCUCCAUCAGCAUGGUGGAAACUAGCAGCACCACAGCAGCAAGUCUAGGCUGGCCCGGGACUGACAUGAAGCACACCCAAAGUGACAUCAGCCCCACUGCACUGAACACUAACUCCUCCUCCUCCUCUUCAUCUUCUCGAUAUAAGACUGAACUGUGUCGAUCUUUCACAGAGAGUGGUCUGUGCAAGUAUGGUGGGAAAUGCCAGUUUGCCCAUGGGCCAGAGGAGCUGCGGGAUCUCAGCAGGCAUCCAAAAUACAAAACAGAGCCAUGUCGCACGUUUCACACCAUCGGCUUCUGUCCCUACGGGAUCCGCUGCCACUUUGUCCACAACAAUGAGGAAGAAAGGAGACACUCCUUUUCACGAUCCUCCUCAACCUUCUCCAACUCUUCCUCAAGCAUUCCUCCACAGCAACCUUCCUCGUCCUCUUCCCGCCCAAACAGACCACCUUUAGUCCGACAGAGCUUCAGCUUUGCUGGGUUUCCAUCUGCUCCCCAGCAGUGUCUCCAGCAGGCCCUUACCCCUUCACCUGGAACUGCUUCUCUCACACGAGCUCCUUCAGCCUCUCCUCCCUCCUGUGCUGAUGUCACUGACCUCCUCUCUCAUGCCUUUCUGGAGAUGGACUCUGCCUUCAAGGCCUCCUCAGGCCUUAUGUACCAGCCUCCAAUAGGGCAGGCCGCAGCAAUAGAUCCUCGCUCUCCAUUCCUGCCAUCCCCGGACUCAGGCUGCUAUCCAUGCGGGCUGUCUCCAACCACAUCGCCCUCCCUGAGGCAGAGUCCUGGCGCUGCCAGCGUCUUUUCAGGGCCCCUGGGUACCAGAUCCUUAUCCUACACCUCUCUGUCUGAUCAGGACCAAGAUGGAAGCAGCUCCACUAGCUCACUGAGUGGCUCUGAGUCCUGUGGUGGCGUUAACGAAGCGAAUGGCAGACGUCUGGCAGUAUUCAGUCAGCUCUCUGUGCCUGAGGACCCAGCAGGGUUGAGCCUUUAGGCUACAGGGUUGUGUUUGAACACAAACACACACUUACAUUUUUCACAUUGGGACACAGAAAUCCAUACCCUGCUUACACAAUAUAUUCGGUAUCUGCAUAUCAAUAUUUAUCAAUAUCAAGUAAACUCAUCUCAUCCCGGCACAGGCAGCAGCUGAACUGACCUGCAGACUUUCUGCUCACCUGUGUGGUGUCAGAAGACUCAGACUUGAUAACUGUCUCACAACCCCCAUAGAGAUUCAUCUGUUAGAUUUAUGUGGUCGAAAUGUCGCUGUCACACACAUAAGGGAAGCUGUGAUGCUGAAACUCAAAUGUGUUUUGCCACCAAAACGUAUCAGUGUAGGAAGCAUUUGAAAGCUUUAUCAGAAUAGUGUUCUGAGAGAGCAAAUCGCUAUGGAGAUGUAAUCACAGUGUGAUCACCUGUUGUCACACUAUUUAUUUUUGCAUUUUAUGUGUGAUCUUAAGAAUGUGACAAAGCCAAAGACAUGUUUGUAGCUCAAACUGUUUGAUUAUGGUGGUACAAACACACAAAGUGGUCUGUGUUUAGGACUUUUUCCUUUUUCAACUGUACACAAUAUUGUGUUUAUAAGCUAGUGAGAUUUUUUUUCCCUCAUAACUGUACAGUCUGGGGAUCCAUUUUAGAUCACUGGCCUCCAACCUGAAUGUUAAGUUUUAAAGCAACUGAAGUGCCUGUAGCGUUAGCAAACAGGUCGUGUUAUAGCGUUGAAAUAGUGUUUGGUGGUUUUGUAUCGAAGAGAGGUGACAAGGAGUAGUAGAGUCAGUUCAUCUGAGUUUAGGUCCUCUGUUUGUAGGAUUACUUCAAGUGCUAUUUUUUUGUUGUUUUUUUUGUGCGUUAUUGACAAACUGCCACCGGUAAAGUGCCAAAUGACCAAAUACAACCUGUCCCACAGAAAGGGGAACAAAAACAUAGCGAGCCUAUUCAUAGUGUUUCCCGUGUGAAGGACUCGUCUUGAAGUAUAUCAUAUCUUUAAUUUUAUACGCUUUAAAAUGCUUCAUGUGCGAGUCAGCACAAACAGCAGCCAUUGUCAUUCAAAUCUAUCAUUACUGAAAGUCAAGGGUAAAAAAAAAGAGAGAAAAAGUAAAAACAGAUGUUGACAUAAUUCUGCACCUUGUUUGGCAUACACUGUUUUCACCUGUUUAAGGAUUUGGCUUGGCAGUAUGUUUCUCCAUUGUGGUGCCAACGUGUAUUUAAGCUUAUCAGGAAACAUCCUAAAGAAGAAGAACGACUUCCUUACCCUUGUCCACAAGCAGCACUGGUGUUAUUUAUUUUUUACUUUUUGAUAGAAAUCCGUGUUUUUGUGGCAUUCACUCCACCAUCUCUCCUUCUCAUUAAGUAUUACUUCUUCCUGUUACGGCUGCAUACUGUUAUGAAUGUCUAGCGUCCUGGUUGCAGCACCCAGAUCUGUUGUGUAACUAAGCUAGAGUAGGGUUGUUUGUUUGUUUAGAGUUGUAGACAUUUUACUUGUUUACCUGUUUUUUUUUUUCAUGUUCCUGACAUAGUUGGUUAGAAGAACAAACGCUGUGCUGUUUUUGGUCUAUUUAAGAUUGCCUUUUCAUCAACAUGUUUCAGGCCUGUUUAGUGUUAAAGGUGAUAAUCUUUAGUAAAUUAAUUUCUUUAAUUUAUUAUAACGUAUUUAUAGAGGACUUUCGAGUGGUUAAUGCUUGUAUCAAGUUUAAUAUAUUUACUUUUUCUUGCUUUUUUUUUUGUACUGGAAAUAAAGUUGUUUUUUUACUUACCGUUAGUGUGUUGUGGUUUAUCACCUUACUGUGGUUUCACGUGCGAUCGAUGAAAUUAUGUUUUC